AUGGGAGCGUUACUUUCUUUCUGGGACACAGAACAUCCUCAAAUAGCUAAAAAGCCGAAUAUUGCUGAUUCGCCUGGCAAGCAAUCAAUUUCUAUAAAAGGUUUCAGAUGGGGAGAAGUGGAAUUGCGAGUCGUCUCUGCUUAUGCGCCACAGGUGGGCUGUAGUGAAGAAGGGAAGGCGUGCUUUUGGGAAGAUCUGGAGCAGUACGUCCAAUCCCUGGAAGGCGAAGAAGUACUUCUAAUCGGAGGAGACUUCAACGGACAUGUCGGUUCUCGGAAAGACGAGUUCGAGAGUUGUCAUGGUGGAUAUGGCUAUGGAGCUCGUAACGACGACGGGUUGCGAAUCCUGGAGUAUGCUGUUUCAAGUGACUUGAUCAUUGCUAACACGCAGAUGUUACGCCGACGAGAUCGCCGACUUCUGCAGGAUUCAAAAGUCAUCCCUACAGACCAUGUCGCUGCCCAACACCAUCUGCUCGUUACGGACUUGAAAAUCUCCCAUCCAAGGAAGACACAUCCAAGGACUGAAACAAAAUGGUGGAAAUGGUGGAAUCUGGAAGAUCGAAAGGAGGCGGCAAUUCGUGAGAAGAAGUCCAAGUAUAAGCUCUGGUGGAGGACGCGUCAGCCUGAAGAUCGGGGUGCUUACCUAGCGGCGAAGAGGGAGGCGAAGAAGGCAGUCUCCAAGGCGAAGUCGGACGGCUACAAGGCUGUGUACGACAUGCUUGAUACCGGAGAAGGUGAGCGGGCAGUGUAUCGUUUAGUCAGAGCGCGUCAUCGCUCAACGUUGGAUAUGGAGCACACCAAGAUCGUUAAGGGAGCUGAUGGAGCCGUUUUGCGCCGCUCUGGUCAGAUCCUGGAGAGGUGGCGAGAGUACUACAAUCACUUGUGUAACGAAGAGUUCUGUCAUCCUCCAACUGUUCCCAACGUCGAGGGUCCUGUUCUACCAAUUACUGCCGUCGAAGUCAGUGCUGCCCUCGCAAAACUCAAGUCGUACAAGGCAACCGGUCCUGAUGACAUACCUGCUGAUGUCUGGAAGCUGCUAGGAGAUCGAGGGUCCGUGUGGUUCGCAACUAUAUUUAACAAGAUCGUUGCAGAAGGACGGACUCCAGACGUUUAG